CUAGUGGGAUAUUCCGAGUUCGACGUUCAGGUGUACUCUGAGGUUGGAACUUUUCCACUUCCCAGUUGCUCAUGAACGCACCAUAAGACUACGUUCAGCAAGACUCAUUAAUGAGCAGCGACAUACCAAUGACCACUCAGCUGAUUUGGUUUAGUAACUUACAUGCGCAAUGCCAAUGUGAAUGACUCAAUGUGUUGUUUUCGAGUGGAAAAGUACUGCGCUGGAGACAGGCCAAUUCCACUCUGUUUCGAUUCAAUGAUCGUAACGGGAACAUCUCAAAAUACCUUCUUACAGAGGAAACGGUCAAAUUCAUGCUAAUUGAUGGACUGGCACGAGUGAUAAUCAUUCGUAGAGUUGUCUACCGAAGUCUGCUGUGUUUUGCAUGGAUGGAUUGGCUGUAGAGUUAACAAUGAGUUUAGGUGCAGCCUCUCAGAUGACAAAUGAAUAUUGGUGAUGGGGAGGUAAGCACCUGUUGAAUUCCCGCGCGCAUCGUGACAUCUUUCUGUCUUACAGUGCUUCCAAUUGCUUCAAUCAAGCGCUGACAAUGGAAACUUCCGUAGGUUUCUAAUCCGUCAUGCUAAAGUUCAAGAGGAAACGAAUGAAGAUUACCAUCGGUGCCAAGUAAGGGUCAGCUGAAUAGUUUUAGGCUCCCUCUCAUAUUGAGAACAAUGGAAGCGAAAUUAGGGUUUCUAUGAAGAUUCUCGUGAGAAUACCUCUGGACAAAGGUAUCUCUGUACACAAACUGGAACAUUCAGUUGCUCCAACGCUCUAACCUAAUUGUGCUAUUCUUUUCAAAUGAAGGAACGCCUAUGGAAGGUGGAGCUUGUUUAUUUAGAAACUUGGUUUGCCAAGCUGUUUGCCUGUGUGUCUUAAUUAAAAUAUGUAAUGCUGUGGUGUGAAGCAGCAAGAUUCUUUUAAACCUGUGGAAGUUUUUACACCCUCUUUGGAUUGGAUCAGAUUUGUGCUCCCAACCAGAGAGCUUGUGACAAUGGCCAGAGACCUCACAAAGGACGCAGGAUGUGACCAGACUACACAAGACAGCAGUGUUGUGAAAAAAAGUCAGAUACUUCUGGAUCGGGGCCAAUGGGCCAACAAACUGGAAUUCUUGUUGGCUGUGGCAGGAACACUUGUGGGUCUUGGAAAUCUUUGGCGUUUCCCCUAUCUGUGUUACAAAAAUGGUGGAGGUGCUUUUCUGGUGCCAUACGUGCUCUUCCUGCUCUCCUGUGGGAUACCAAUGUUUUUCCUGGAAACUGCCAUGGGACAGUAUACCUCACAAGGAUGCAUCACAUGCUGGAGACACUUCUGCCCUCUAUUUGAAGGGAUUGGUUAUGCCACUCAAGUGGUGAUUGCCUAUGCUGCCGUGUCCUACAUCAUCAUUCAGGCCUGGGCAUUCUUCUACCUGUUCUCCUCCUUCAGUGCAGAGGUGCCUUGGGCCAGCUGCCGAAACACCUGGAACACAGAUUCUUGUGUGGAGUUUGACAAGAGGAAUGUCUCAGCAAACCGGACCGUGCCAGAAAAUGCCACCUCACCUGCAACAGAGUUCUGGGAGCGACGGGUGCUGAGCAUCUCCAAAGGGAUUGACCAUGUGGGUUCAGUUCGUUGGGAGCUGGCCCUGUGCUUGAUUCUAGCCUGGGUCCUCUGCUAUUUCUGUGUGUGGAAAGGAGUUAAAUCUACUGGAAAGGUGGUGUAUUUCACAGCAACCUUCCCUUAUCUGAUGCUGCUUGUUCUCCUGGCCCGAGGACUCACUCUUCCAGGAGCAAUAGACGGGCUGAAGUUUUAUCUGUACCCUGAUCCAGAGCGGCUGGUGGACCCACAGGUGUGGAUGGAUGCAGGGGCACAAGUACUCUUCUCUUUUGGAAUCUGCCAAGGCAGCCUGACUGCACUUGGGAGUUACAACCAAUACAAUAAUGACUGCUACAAAGACACCUUUGUCUUGUGUUUGGUGAAUGGAGGUUCCAGUUUUGUCGCUGGGUUUGCCAUCUUCUCUGUGUUGGGCUUCAUGUCAUAUGAGCAGGGAUUGCCCAUAUCAGAGGUUGCAGCAACUGGUCCUGGAUUGGCAUUCAUUGCCUACCCUCGUGCAGUGGCCAUGAUGCCUUUCCCACAGUUGUGGUCCAUAUGUUUCUUCGUCAUGGUGAUCCUGCUAGGGGCUGAUACGCAGUUUGUUAGUCUGGAGUGCCUGAUGACGUCUGUGACAGACAUGUUCCCCACUGUGUUCCGGAGGGGAUACAGGCGAGAGCUCCUACUUCUGGGGCUCUGCUCCUUUUGCCUCUUACUGGGGCUCCUGCUUGUCACUGAGGGCGGUUUGUAUUUCCUACAACUUUUUGACCACUAUGUAUGCAGUGGCAACAACCUGCUGUUACUGUCUGUCUUCCAGUCUAUAGCCAUUGGAUGGAUUUAUGGUGCUGACCGUCUCUAUGACAAUAUAGAAGACAUGAUAGGCUACCGUCCAUCGCCUUUCAUGAAAUACUGUUGGCUCUAUAUCACUCCAGCAAUUUGCAUGGGUACUUUUAUUAUCAACCUGGUGAAGUAUCAACCCCUGAAGUUCAACAAGACCUAUGUGUACCCUGAGUGGGCAUACAUACUGGGGUGGUCCUUAGGACUAUUCUGUGUGCUUCUGGUGCCUCUGUGGAUGAUCUUUAAAAUGUUAAGAUCCAAGAUGACCGCGUGGCAGACAAUAAAACAUCUCUGUCGCGCUGACAACCACCAGAAUCAGAACCUCAACCUGAAGCAGACCGCUGAGCGAUGCCCUUUGAACCCUGACGUGUCACUCUCUCCUCCGUCAAAUGAGUUCAAGGGAAAUGGUGGAGUGGAACUGGAGAUGUGAAAAUGAUUAACCUGGUACUACCUCCAAUGUUUGCUUCAAAAUUCUGUAUCUGUUUCAAUUCCCUCGAUAACAUUUGGAUCUUCUAUCAGAAGUAUGAAUACAUUAUAUGACAUUAUAUCACAUAUUACAUUAUAUCAAACAUGAGCAUGACGUUGUGAUACUUUUGAUAAGUCAGAACAAUUGAAGAAUUUCAAUUGAAGAUUUACUAGCUCACCCAUUUAGUUUUCAGAACAAGGUUUGCCAGUACAAGGCUGGCUUUCCUUCUCAAAACUGCCCAUGACAUGAAAAAAGCAUGACUCACCUUUGCUGUGUUCUAUUUGAACUCUUUCAGUCCUGCCUUCACAAGACAGUAUCCUAAUUACACACACACACACACACACACACACACACACACACACACACACCAC